UUGAAAUUUUUAUAAAACGAUAAGAUUUUAAGUUUAUGUGAUAAGUAAAGUACAAAUAUUAUUAUAAAUAAUAAACAAUAAUUCUAUCGACAAACAUAAAACAAAAUGAAAAAUGUUUUCCAUGAGAAUAUUUUCUGUCGAUCAUUAUAUGUCAUCGCCGAUAUUAGGGCUAGACCCAACGUAUUCACACUUUCGUGGUAAAGAAGUGAAACAAGUACCCGUUCUAAGAAUUUUUGGUGCAAAUAAAACAGGUCACAAAACUUGUUUACAUGUUCAUGGAGUAUUCCCAUACUUGCAUAUUCCACAUGAUGAAACAAGUCUAGAAUCAACGGAAAAAUUAUGUUACCGGGUUGCAACAAGUCUUGAUAAAGCAAUUAAUAUUUUAAUGGGACAAUCUGAUUCUACUACGCAGCAUGUAUUUGAUGUUACACCAGUUGCUGGCGUCCCAUUGUAUGGAUAUCAUAAUCGUAAACAUCAAUUUUUAAAAAUAAGAUUUUUCAACCCAUUCUCCAUUAAAAAAGCUGCAACACUUUUUCAAAAUGGUACAAUUUUAGAUCGUAUUUACCAGCCGCAUGACGCCCAUAUCAAUUAUGAAUUACAAUUUAUGAUUGAUUUCAAUUUACAUGGAAUGAACAACAUAUAUUUAUCCGAUAUAAAAUAUCGUAUCGAUGAAAAGAUCGAUUCAUCGAUAAUCGAUGAUAUACCAUCGCAGCAAAUUUUAAACAAAAAUAUAACACGAAUUAGUACCUGCAAAUAUGAAAUUGAUUGCUUAUGUGAAAGUAUACUUAACUUUCAAGAAGUAACAAAUGGUAAAUUAAGUACGAAUCCAGGUAUUGCAGCUAUUUGGGAAGAAGAACGCCACCGGCGUCAACUACAAAACAAAAAUACACAAGAUAUCGCACCAACUGCUUCACAAUUUCGAACAAAACUAACAGAAACAAACAGUGAAAUAUUUUUUAAAAAUCGUUUACGCGAUCGAUUAGAAACGAUAAAAAAUAGUAACGUGUCAAGUGUACCAUCGUUAAACCAAUCGAUUUACCCAUCAGAAGUGUCAGAUCCAAAUCAAUUUUUAAAUGCAUCAAUUGCACAUUUAAUGCAAAAUCCUGAAUUAUCUUUCACGCCGAUUGAAAAAUCUGAUUCAAUUGUGAAUGAAAGUUUAAUAUUAAGUUUAACACAAGAAGCUAAAAAACCAAAUAAACCAAUUAUAGACGAUAUUUAUAAUGCUCUAAUAGAUCUUAUUGAUGAAGACAGCAUAUUAUCGCAGCAUCCACUUAACGAACACGCAGUAGCUUUAGAAGAUGAAAUAGAACAGGAAUCACAUGAUUUGGAACAAACAUUAGUUGAAGAAAAUGAAAUGUUUUCAUUAAAUCAGAAGGAAAAUGAAUCUACUGAAAUCGAAUCGGAAGUGAUCAAUGAAAUAUUUUCCUCAAAUGAUUCAUUUAUGAAACAUGUCAAUGUUUCACAAUUAGAACAAAAUAUUGAAGUUCAUUUAGAACACACGGAUUUAGAUAAUUUUAGCGAAGAUACUGUAAUCGAAAGUGAAAAGCAAUAUUCAAUUUUUUAUGACGAUAUACUCGAGAUGAAAAAAACCCAACUAAAAUCAACAGAAUUAACUUUUUCACAAUUAUCUAAUGAUACAUUAGAUUCUGUGAUUGAAAAUGAAAUUGAAAAAAUUGAAAAAUCACAUAAUGAGGAAAGUAUUAUAUAUUCAUCGGAUUCGGAUGAAUUAAUAUUUGAUGGUGAAUGGAAACGAAUUCCUCAAAUUGAUGGAGCCACAAAAGACUUGAAAGAAAAACCGAAACGUAAAUCAAGACUUUCCAAAAGUAAUCAACCAGAAAUAUUUCGUGAAAUUUUAUGUGAAUAUACUGGAAUGAUUUAUAAAAUUGAACCUGUUAUUGAACCAAAAUUGCCAAAGAAGAAAUUAGGAAGACAAAAAUCAAAAAAUACCAAAGAACAAAAAAAACCCAUUGUGAAAGUAUUAAAAGUCGAAAAGAAUAAUUUAAAUGUGGAAGAUUUAACAAAAAGUAUUAAUUACAUGCCAGUACCGCUUCAAGAUGUAAAAAUGCCCGUAACGCUUGAAGAUGUAAAACCAAAUAAUACUGUUUUACUAAGUAUGCCAAUUAUCGAUGAACAGUAUGAUGAAUUAUUAAAAGAUUUUGAUCAUUUUUUAUCACAGAGUACAUUCACAAAUUCUAACUUUGCAUCACAGAAUGAAAUAUAUAAAAUAUACCCACCGAAUGAAUUGAAUACAACAUACUCUAAACCAGAAAGUAGUGACGAUUCUAUUAUAAUGCCACCAGUUGAUGUUAUUAUAAAACAAGAUUUAGAUAGUACAUUUACGAUAAAAAAUGAGUGUAUUGAUUCAAAACAAAGUAUAAAUUUUGAAAGCUAUAUUGAACCAAAGUCUUUUAAUAUAAAAACCACACAAGUGAUUAAAAGUGAACCAUUAAUUAAAAACGAAACUAUUUUACAACGACCAAACGAUGAAACAUAUUUAAACCAAGAACCUAGUCAUAUUUUUAUGGAUGAUUUUUUAAAUUGUACAUUUGUUAUCAAUGAUCAUAAUCUUCCGAGUAUUAAAGGUUUGAUAUCUGAAAUGAUAAAUGCGAUUGCACCAAAUGAAACAUUUGAAAUAUAUCCGGAAUCAUCUUGCAAUUUAUAUCAUGAAAUGAAUGCAAUUAUCUCCGGUAAAACAACAAUGGUCGACAUUAGCUGUCGGUUCUUACAAAAUGUACGCGAAUGUCAUUAUCGUAAAAUUUUAAAUUCUGAGCAAACUUCAGAUGUGCCGUAUAUACUGAGAUUAAACCGUAAUUUAGAACCAAUUGCUAUUGAUACAUGUGAUGAAAAUCAAUUUCCAACAACAACAAAAUAUACUAUUGAUAAAAAUAAAUUUAUAAAAUCGAUAAUUUAUGAUAACAGUUUGGAAAUUACUGACAAACAUACCAUAUAUUGUAAAAAUGGUAAAAUUGUCAUCGAGGAAAAUUUAUUUAAUGAUAAUCAAAAAAGUCGCUAUGAGCAUUAUACUAAUUGGGAAAAAGUUAAAUUUAAUAUCAAAGAAGGCCGUCCGUGGAAUAGUACUAAAGAUUCAUUAAAAAAACAAGUGAAAAAAGUACAUAGUUCACCGAAAAUUGUAACAAGUAAACCAUUUGAUUCAAAAUUACGCGAUUUUAUUACGAAUAAUAAUACUUUCAAUGUACAAAAUAAAACGAAUGAAAAUAUUCCUCUAAUAAAAAAGUCAAUAAAACUAGGAGAAAAAAAUAUAGAUGAAUUUAAAGACGAAAUUACUAAUGAAAAUCAGUGUAAAGAUUUUAAAAAGCAAGAUAAAAGUACUAAGAAAGAAUCUAAACUUAACAAUUUAAAAAAUAAUUCGGAAUCAAAAUCGAAAGAAAUAAAUCUUGAGUUGAAAAAUAAUUUAAAUAUUGAUGAUAAAAUUGAAAAUCAAUGCGUAUCCGAAAAUAGAAUUACCCAAAAAAUUGAUUCGGUUAUUAAAAACACAAAUGAUAUAUUGAAGAAAUUUGAAUCAGAAAAUAAGAUUUCAGAAAAGAAAUUAAAAUUGAAACAUUUACAAAAUAACGAUGAAAUAUCUGAGAAAGAAAUUGAAUCAAAAGCUGCCUAUGAAGACAGAACAUCUAAUGAAAUUAUUUGCAAAAUACCUUUGAAUUUGAUACCACAAAAAGUUUUUGAAAAUUUAAAAAACGAUAAACUUCUAAUUGAUACAAUUAACCUUGCAUCAUCUUCUUCCACAUUAAUUCAAGAACGCCUCUUAAAUAAAGAAAAUCAAGUAUUGUUAAAAAAUAACAUCAAAUCAGCAAAAUCUAAAUGGUCUAAAUCUAGUAAAAAAUUAAAUCAAUCUAAAAAAUUAAAGCAAAAUGAAGAAGGUUUUGUCAAAAACUAUCCAAUUGCCCAAAGUUCACCAAACAAACAACAAUAUAAAAACGAAAAUAAUGUUACGAAAUUAGUGACUAAUGAAAAUAAUACUGGUACUAGAAAAGAUCGAACAAAAAAGAAAAAUGUUUUAUCAAAUGACUAUCAAAUGAACUUACAAAAAAAUACAGAAACGUUUGCUCAAGAUAAAAUUGAGAACCAUGUAAAAGAAUUCAAUUUGAAAGAAAUUUUAUCUGAAAAUGUUACACAUUCUUCUCCUGAUAUGAUCGAGACGGUAAAAUACUUGGAAAAAAUUGAGACGCCAUUGGAAAAUAAUAAAACAGAGCAGAAUCAUGCAAUUUUACAGCUAAUUACAAAGAAAAAAGAUUCAAAAAAAUCAUCUGAAACUGUCACACUUUCAUCUGUUGAGGAGGAAUUGGCGACAGAGCUGAAUGUGAGAUCUGAAAAUAAUAUUGAUAAUGCCUCAAAUCAUGUAUCAGAUUAUUUAAAUUUGACAUCAUUUGAAAAUAAACAAGCUACAAGAAACAAAUUCUCAAAAGGAAAACGGAAAACAAUACAAUUCAGCAAAACUAAGAAGUCGGUUGAAAUGAAUUCAUCACAAAAUAUAUCUGAAAAUGGUGAAACUUUACUUUCUACUUCCAAUUCAGUUCAGUUCAUGAAAAAAAGGGAAAUGCCAUUGAAAAAACAAAUUCAAAAGAAAAGAAUUAUAAGAAAAUCAACUAUUGAACGGUUAAUUGAGGAUAAUGAUUGUUCAAAUAUUUCAGAAAAUGAACCACGACGUUUACGUUCAAUGCAAAAAUCAAGUAACGUAAGAGUAUUUUUUAAAAAUUUAGAAAUUAAUAAAAAUCUUGAAAAUCAUAAGACGUCCAACGACGAUAAUAAAAUGAUUAAAAUUGAAGAAUUCACCACGGUGUUGAACGAAAAUUCAACAGAAAAUAAUGAUAGUUUGCUUAUCGAUACUAAAUCAGAUCAUUCAAAUUUGUCAGCGGAGCAAGUCUCAAAAUCCUAUGACAUAGAAUUAUCCCCAACAAUCAAAUCUUCUACAAGUAAAUGUAAAACUUUAAAGACGGAAAAAAAGAUCAAUUCUGAUGGAUUAAACUCACACAAAAAAAUGGUUCAAUUUAAUUCGAGACCAGAUUUAACAGAAAAUGGUGAAAAUUGUUGUAUGAUUUCUAUGGCCAAUAUUGACAAUCCAAAUCCAAUUGAAUCAAUGGAAAAAAUUGAGAUAAAUGUCCAAUUUCCAAAAGAAGAACACAACACAAUUGUAAAGAGCAAAUGCACAAAACAAUUGAAAGACUUAAAAGUAUUUGUGGAGAAUUUAGAAAUACAUGAAAAUUCUGCUAAAAAUCAAUUAAAUAAUGUUAAUUUAAAUUUAAAGUCGCCUGUCGAUAUAUUUUCAAAUACAUCGGACCAUCAAAACGGAUUAAUGAAAGAUGCUUUUGAACAAGAACCAUCCACAAGUAAAUAUUUGCAAAGUAAACUAAGAAAUAAUUUAGAGAAUAUAUCUCUAAAUAAUAUCAAUUUGGACACAAAGUCGUCUAUCGAUAUAGUUUUAAAUACAUCGGAUUCAAGAAAAGGAUUAACGGGAGAAAUUUCGAAGUCAUUUGAAAAAGAACAGCUCAAAAAUGUUCAAAAAAAACGAAAAAAACGAAAUCCGUAUACACGACGCCGAAAAAUGAAGAAAACUGUUAAAAUAAAUUGUCACGAUUCCAUAACCGAUGGUUUAAAUCUAGGAAAGUCAAUUAGAACAUCGUCGGAGAGUAAAAAAUUUGAAAAACUUGAAGAAUUAAAAAGGAAUGCAAAAACUUGUGAUAUUGAACCACAAGAUAAAAUGACUAACGAAAGCGAAAUGAAUACUUUGGAAGACCGUAUAGUACAAAGACCUGUACGCCAAGCUAAAUUAAAUGCUUGUAAGAAUAUUCAAAAUUUUUCAAUCUUGUUUGGUGUACAUUCCCGACGUAUAGAUUUUAAACAGAAUAGAGAAACAAAUUUAAAUAAUAUUCCGACGUCUACGGUAAAUCAUAUUGAAGAAAAUCUUGAUCAACUUCAAAAUCAAAAAGAAAAUUUACCAUUAAAAACGUACUUACCAAAAUCAUCACAAGAAAAUAUGGAGGUUCUUGAACAAAAUUUAAGUAAUUAUGAGAACAUUCCAGGAAUUGAUGGUACACUUGAUGUAUUACUGACUACUUCAUCAGAUGAUUCUUCAACUGAUAGUAGUGGAGACGAUCAUGUAGAUAUUCUAUUUGUUGAUGGUUUAAAUAAUGAACAAUCAAUUCGUGAAAAAUAUUCUUUACGUGAAUGUUCAGUUGUUUUAUCUAGAUUUGAUGCUACCAAGAACGAACAAGUAAAACAAGAAAAACAAGAGAUAUCAAUCAAGAGAAAAUUACGUUCACAGUCCAGGGUGAUGACACCAAAUAAAAUUCUUGGGACGAGUCAACAAUCUAGUUUUGUACCCUUGGAUAUUGCUUUUACAAAAUCACCAACAUCUAGAAAUUUAAAAGAUAACGAAAAACAAAGAAGAGCGAAAAAACGAUUGAAAUUCGAUAAUCAACAGUCAUACUCUAAUGAAACUACUGCAGAUCCAUACAUUGGCCCUUCUUCUACUUCUACAGAUGUUAGUGAUCAAUUCGAAUUUCGUUACCAGAAAAUCCUAUACCAAAAGUUGCAAAAUAUUGAAGAUAAUUUCAAAGAUAAGAAUUUUCAAUCCGCAUCUGAAAUUGAAGAAAUAUUACCACAAUCUGUAGGCGGUGAGUUAAUUCAACAACAUUUUGAAUCGCAAUCAUAUAAUAAUCAAAAUGAUAUGAAUAAUGUGAUUCAAAAUUCCUGUGAUAAUUCAAGUGAUUUAGUUAAUAAUUCUAUUAGUGAUAAGAAUCGUAGAAGAAGCUUAAGAAAUCGUACACUGUUAUCAGAAACCAAAAAAAUUGCAAAACAUUCAACAAAUAUUUCAAAACCAUCAACUUCAAUUGGAAAAAUAGUUCCAGAAACGUCUAUAAAUUCAAAUAGGACAUAUGUCGAGGAAAAUACAGGUUGUGUAUUUAGUCCUAAAUCUACCAAAAAAUUAAGUUUAAUUAAUUUAUCACAAGUUCCCUUACAAGAUGAAGCUGAUGCUGCUAUGGGACAAUUUAAAAAUUGCUCACCAGAAAUUGAAAGUGAUGAUAGUAUUACUAUUCCAAAUCCUACAGAAAUAAACAGGGAAAAUAUUUCUCCCAGUCCAGAACAUGAAAUCCAAUUAUUAAUUUCACCUAGGAAAACACAAAAAAAUUACUCAAACGCUUUUGAAUAUGAUCUAAAAAAUAAAUAUUUUCCACAACCUGGAUGUUCCACAACUAAAGGUGAUAACUUAGCAUCUGAAAGUCAUCCAGGGGAAAAAAUAACAAAUCUCUGUGAAAAUGAGACCUCACAAUCGUUACUAUUUGAAAAUAAUGAAAAAUUGCCACAAACUCAAGUGUCUGAAUGUGAUGUAGAAAGUUUUUAUGACAUUACAUUUGGCGAUUGUACAAAACUCGAUGAAGACGAUCUAGUAUCUAAUUCUAAAAGUAAUUCAUCUUUCCAUUGCGCUCAAAAUAUUAAUGAAUUUGAUCAAAAACCAUCACAAUCGACAGAAAUGCAACUAAGUGGUUUAUCAUUUCAAUCAGAUCAAAUUUUAACACAGACACCAAAUGAAAAAUUAAAUAUUUUAAACUUGUCAACUAUAGAAUUUGGGAAAGGUGUAAAACGUUUAACAAAUGGAUAUGUCAUAUUAAUGCCGAAAUUUAACCCACCCUCUUACGAUGAUAUUAAAAAUUCUGCAGCCGAAUACAAUAUUCCUGAAGUGCAAUAUGAAAAUCCUUUUUAUAGUGUACCAACGGAUGCAACGGGUCGUAUUGAAAUUGGCCACAAAAUAUUGAAAAUUCCUACAAAGAUUGUACAAGAUUUAUCAGAAUUCACAUCUAAUUUAGAAUUUGAUGCUCUGAAUGUGUGGCGACAGCGUAAAAUUGAUAAUAUGCAUGUAAAUGGUGGCCAAAAUUUUGCUUCUAAUCGUGAAAUAUUAAUUACACCAAAUAUUAAACCGCCGUCUUUAAAAGAUAUCGAGGUGUGGUUAAAAGCUAAAAAUUAUCUUAAAGAUGUUAAACCAAAACGAGAUGAAAGUGUAAAAAUAAAGAUACGAAUUCCUUCCAGUCCUGGCGGUGGAGGUAACGAUUCAGAUGAUAGUGAUUCUCUAACUUUAACACCAUGUACACCAAGAAAUGAAUCAAUUCAAACACCAAUCGAUAUUUCCAUAAAUACACCAAAAAGUGCACAAAAUUCAACAAUUCUAACACUAGAUAAUUUUUCAAAUACACCGAAAACUACACAAAUUGGACAAAGUCCAAGUAUGAUUCAUAAAGGUACAAAACAUAUUUUGAAAAAUAAACGUGUAAAAGUUGCAUUAGCAAAAUCAUUUAAUAAAUCACAAGAGAACGAAAAUUUACUAGAUCCAUCCGUCGCAAAUCUUUUAAAUGAUCCACAAUUUCGUAAAGAUUUAAAUUCACCAUUGAGUAAUUCAAGUUGUCUUAUAACAGGCGUUACGUUAGAUAAUACACACGGUUUUAAAGUACCUUUAGAAAAUUUUCAAGACGUAAAAGCAAUGAUAAAGUAUCAAUAUUUAACGACAGUUAUUCUCGAAUUACAUAUUAAAAAUCGAGAAGAUUUUAAGCCAAAUCCACGGCUAGAUCCAAUCGUUGCAAUAUUUUAUUCAAUUUACAAUGAUGUACCAGAAAAUUUCGAAUUACCUCAAUCUGAAACAGGUGUUAUUUGUGUUGGUUCAAAUGAUUUUUUAAUGGGCACAUGUACCAGUAAUAUAAAAAUUACAUACGUUGAAUCUGAAUUACAAUUAUUUGAUAAACUAAUCGAAUUAUUUACGAAAUGGGAUCCAGAUAUUUUAGCGGGAUAUGAAAUAGGUCGUUUAUCUUGGGGUUAUCUUUUAGAACGUAGCUUUCAUUUGCAAUUAAAUCUACCAAAACGUUUAUCCCGUAUACCAGAAUCUCGUGCAAAUACACGUAUCGAUGAAAAUGGUCAAAUGUCCGAUUUAAAUUUUACCGGGCGAUUAUUUUUAGAAAUAUGGCGAUUAAUGCGACAUGAAAUUAAUUUGUAUAGUUAUUCAUUUGAAAAUAUUUACUUUCAUAUUUUACAUGAGCGUAUACCAAAGCAUUCAUUUAGAAAUUUGAGCACUUGGUUUGAAAGCACACGCAAUCGUUAUAUCACUGUUCAAUAUUAUCUCAAACGUGUCACUGGAGUAUUAAGCAUUUUAGAUCAAUUAGACUUUAUUGGAAGAACAUCGGAGCUUGCGCGACUAUUUGGUAUACAGUUCUAUGAAGUUUUAUCCCGAGGUUCACAAUUUCGUGUCGAAUCAAUGAUGCUACGAUUAACAAAACCUUUAAAUUAUAUACCUGUAACACCGAGUGUGACACAACGAGCAAAAAUGAAAGCACCUGAAUUUUUACCUUUAAUAAUGGAACCAGAUUCACGACUAUAUAACGAUCCAAUUAUUGUACUAGAUUUUCAGAGUUUAUAUCCUUCAAUGAUAAUUGCAUAUAAUUAUUGUUUUUCGACAUGCUUAGGACGAGUAAGUGAACUCGGACAAUCACAUCCUUUUGAAUUUGGAGCAACACAAUUACGUGUUAAUCCAAAACUUGUUGAAGCAUAUCUAAAUAAUAAUAAACUAAAUAUUAGUCCAUGCGGUGUGGCAUUUGUUAACGACAGCGUUCGCCAAGGAAUUUUACCACGUAUGUUAAAAGAAAUUCUCGAUUGUCGACUGAUGGUGAAAAAAUCAUUAAAAGAAAAUAAAGACGAUGCAACUUUGAAACGUGUAUUAAAUUCUCGCCAAUUAGGGUUAAAACUAAUUGCAAAUGUUACGUAUGGCUAUACAGCAGCAAACUUUAGUGGUCGUAUGCCAUGCUGUGAAUUAGGCGAUAGUGUGGUAAGUAAAGGGCGUGAAACUUUAGAACGGGCUAUACAAAUGGUGGAGAAAAAUGAAAAGUGGCGCGCAAAAGUCGUUUAUGGUGACACUGAUUCUUUGUUUGUAAUAACACCGGGACGCAGCCGAAAAGAUGCGUUUGAAAUUGGUAAAGAAAUUGCUGAUGCUGUGACAAAUGAUAAUCCAACACCGGUUAAGUUAAAAUUGGAGAAAAUUUAUCAACCUUGUAUUUUACAAACAAAAAAACGGUACGUUGGAUAUAUGUAUGAGAGCCCUGAUCAAGAAGAGCCUGUUUAUAAUGCAAAAGGAAUUGAAACGGUUAGACGUGAUGGUUGUCCAGCUGUAGCUAAGAUUUUAGAGAAAACAUUAAGAAUACUAUUUGAAACCAAAGAUAUGAGCAUGGUCAAACAAUAUGUCUGCCGCCAAUUUUCAAAGAUUAUAACUGGACGAAUAAAUUUACAAGACUUAAUUUUUGCCCGAGAAUUUCGUGGAUUAAAUGGAUAUCGACCGGGUGCAAUGGUUCCAGCAUUAGAAAUAGCAAAACGAUAUAAACAACAAGAUCCAAGAAGUGAACCAUUACGUAGCGAACGUGUACCAUAUGUUAUUGCUAGUGGAGCACCAGGGACGACUCUUGUAAGAUUAGCAAAAGGACCGCAUGAGCUAUUAUCUGAUCCAGCUUUAAAACCUCAUAUUCAAUAUUAUAUUACAAAAGUUAUUAUACCACCAUUAAAUCGGUGUCUGUCGCUUUGUGGUGUUGAUGUUCAUGCGUGGUAUAAAGAUUUGCCUAGAAAAUAUAAAUUAUAUUUUCCAACCGCUGAAACGUCAUCAAAGGAUGCAAAAAAAACUACAAUUGCUCAGCAUUUUGCAACAGCUAGUUGUGCUAGUUGUGAAACACAGACACGAGAUGGAAUUUGUUCCAACUGCAUUAAUGAUCCACAGAAAACUGUAACAAUUUUAGAAGAUAAACUACGAAAAUGGGAACGGAAUUUAGAUAACAUCAGAAAGAUAUGUUCUUCGUGUUGUGGUCGUUUUGAAGAGACUCAAUGUACUUCUUUAGAUUGCCCAGUUCUGUAUCGUUUAACACAAGCUGAACGUGAUUGUGAGCAAGCGACAUUUGUUCGUGAAUUAGUAAAUUUAAAAUUUUAAUAGAAGUGCAAUCAUCGGUUUCUACUGACAGUGAUGAUACCAACAGUGUAAUAGAAGAACUUUUUUAAUUAAACUUUUUAUUAAAAAUAAAAAGUAUGUAUUUUUAUGUGAUUUUA